AAUUUAAGAACCUCUGUUCCCCUUUUCAUUAAUGGGUUUGCUGAAUUCUGAUUCUGUUUUCCAUCAGAUGGCGCACCAUUCGAUUAGUCGGUCAACAUGCUUUCAAUUUCUACUACUGAUACUAGCUUCGUCCCUCCAAAGUUCACAAGCCUUGAAAUCCGCCGAAUUUCUGUCUCCGGCGUUUGAGCUCGAACCUGGUUCCGUUAUCAACAAAUACUACAACGGAAUCGAUUUUCCGACCGGUCAUAUCGCGGUUAAAGCUUUCGAUGCCGAAGUCAUAGACGAGGAAGGUAACCCAGUCCCACUUCACGAAACGUAUCUUCAUCACUGGCUUGUGGCUAGAUACUAUCAACGUAAAGGCGUCGAUAUUAAAUUAGGGUUUCAAGGAUCAGAUUUUGUGUUAGUUAAAAACUCUGGUUUAUGCCAAAACACGCUUAGUCAAUACUAUGGGCUGGGAUCUGAAACGCGGAAGACACCGACUGAUGUUCCUGAUCCUUACGGAGUAGAGGUUGGAAAUCCUGAGGAAAUUCCGGAAGGUUAUGAGGAGAAAUGGGUGAUGAAUGUUCAUGCGAUUGAUACUCGUGGGGCUGAAGAUGGGUUUGGAUGUGCUGAGUGUAGGUGCGAUUUGUAUAAUGUGACGAUUGAUGAAUAUGGGAGGGCUAUUAGGCCUGGUUAUGUUGGUGGGUUGUUGUGUUGUUAUGAUGAGAUGAAAUGCAGGUUGAAGAAUGGGUUUCGUGGUGUUAAGAGGAAGUUGUUUAUGAAGUAUACUGUUAAAUGGGUUGAUUUUGAUGAAUCUGUUAUACCUGUUAAGGUUUAUUUACUUGAUGUGACUGAUCUUUGGAAGAAGAAGAUGGAUGAUCCUAAUGGAGAGGGUACUAGACAUCUUUGCCUUGUGGAGUACGAUGUUAAGUCUUGCGCGAAUGAUGUUGUUGAUGGCGAUUGCACUGACACGAAGAGAGUCAGUCUUCGGAUGCCAACUGGAGGAGAAGUCAUCUAUGCCGUUGCCCAUCAACACACGGGAGGAAUCGGUUCAACUCUCUUCGGCGAGGAUGGGCGAGUCAUAUGUUCGUCGAAACCGACUUAUGGAAAAGGUAAGGCAGUUGGAGAUGAAAAAGGUUACAUAGUUGGAAUGUCGACAUGUUACCCUGAUCCUGGUUCAGUCAAGAUAUCUGAUGGGGAAAUUCUAGUCUUUGAAUCUAACUAUAGCAGUACAAGGAGGCAUACUGGAGUUAUGGGUCUAUUCUAUCUUCUUGUUGCAGAUCAUGGAUCAUCAUCAUCAUUGCCCACAAACUUAAUCCAUGAUUCAAAUGAUCAGAAGCAUGAGAAGGCGGGCUUAUUUGUUGCUGUUUGGGGUGUGGUGUUUCUCGGAGCUGUGAUAGCCAUGGCGGUGGUGGUUACUUACAGGCGAAGGUCGGCAAGAGAGGAUGGGUAUCAGUCAAUUGUGAUAUAAGGGGACGACAUGUAUGAUUUAUAUAUGUAUGUCUUUGAAUUCUUAAUCUUAUGUUGGAAUUUUACAAUCUUAUGGUGUUCAUUAUUCAAGGAAGUUCUUCCAAAUAAGAUGGCCAAGAGAUAGUGUGCCAAAUUGUGUAUUGAACAUAAUCAAAAUUAGAAAAUUAUAUAUAUACAUAAAUAAGAUUAAAACCUCGA